CACUUUUAUCGACUCUUAUUAUGACACUUCCGGACACCACCGGAAGUUGGUGUUGUUUCACCGGCUUCACUGUGUUUAGUUUCACGUGUUCCAUCUCUACACGCAUAGACCUACACGAGCAUGGCACAUCGGGACGGGAUCGUGAAGGCCAAGACGAGGCGCUCCAAGCGCUUCCUGCAGAGCCGCGAGCCCAAGCUGAUCGAGGGCCAGAAGAGCAGCAUGAUCAUCAGAGGAGGAAACUGCAGCGAGACGGUCUCUCAGGCGCUCAAAGACGUGUAUGCGCUGAAGAAACCCAACGCCGUGCUCUACAAGAGGAAGAACAUGGUGCGGCCGUUCGACGACUCCACGGCGCUGGAAUUCUUCUCCAAGAAAUCAGACUGCUCUUUGUUUCUGUUCGGCUCGCACAACAAGAAGAGGCCCAACAACCUGAUAUUUGGACGCAUGUUUGACUUCCACGUGCUGGACAUGUUCGAGCUGGGCAUCGAGAGGUUCGUGUCUCUGAGAGACGUGAAGAUGGACACGUGUCCCGAGGGCACCAAACCCAUGCUGGUGUUCUCCGGAGAGCUGUUCGAGACGGACCGGGAGCAUCAGCGCUUGAGGAACCUGCUGACAGAUUUCUUCUGUGGGCCGCGUGUGUCUGCGGUGCGUCUGGCCGGACUGGAGCACGUGCUUCACUUCACGGCGCUGGAGGGCAGGAUCUACAUGCGCAGCUACAAAGUCCUGCUGAAGAAGUCCGGCUGCCGCACGCCCCGGAUACAGCUGCAGGACAUGGGCCCUUCCUUCGACUUCAUCAUGAGGAGAAGCCACAUGGCCUCAGACGACCUGUACAGGACGGCUCACAAGCAGCCCCGAGGAGCCAAGCCCAAGAAGAAGAAGAACAUUUCCCACGAUGCUUUCGGCACCAGACUGGGCCGCUUGCACAUGCAGAAACAGGACCUGGACAAACUGCAGACGCGCAAGAUGAAGGGCCUGAGGAAGAGGAGAGGAGAGAAGACGACGACAGAGACGCCGGCGGCCAAAGCACCGCGGACAGACGAGUGAGAGUCACAGACUGAGACCACUGAGAGAGACGCUUGGAUCCACAAAACCAAUGCAUUCAGUCCUUCAACAGUUAAACCCUUUUCCUGCCAGUUUAUGACCGUUCAUUUGGAUUUUCUUAUAAAAUAAUAAAAUGCAUUUAAUUCCUGUAAA